GCCAUGAAGCGGGUUCGCACUGAGCAGAUCCAGUACGCUGUGGCUCAGUACCUGAAGCGGAGGCAGUAUGUGGACACCGACGGCUCCCUGAAAGGAGCCAAACUCUUCCAGUCGGCUGAGGAGAUGGCUGCCAGCCUCACGGUACAGACAGAGUCCGGUUGUGCCAACAUCGUCUCUGCUGCUCCCUGCCAGUCCGACCCGCAGCAGUACGAGGCUCAGUUCUCCCGGCUGCGCUCCUUUCUGUCAGAAACAGAAAUUUCCUGGGCGAAGGAGGUGAGCAGCAUCCUCUACCCGCUCUUCGUCUACCUCCACCUGGACAUGGUGCACUGCGGCCUGAAGGGGGCAGUAGAUGGUUUUUACAGUCGUUUCCACGGCGCCUUCCUUCAGGACAGCGAGCAGCGCGCCACCAUCGAGCAGCUCCGCCACGUUCUCACCACUCAGGACGUCGCAGCCAACCCCAAGCUGAGCGCUUUCCUGGAGCACAAGUACGUGGUUCACCUGACGCAGCCCGCCUACAGCUACCUGCUGCGCUACCUGCAGAGCGAGGACAACAGCGCCCUCUGCAGGGCCCUCAGCACACACCUGCAGGUGGAGGUCACCGCCUCCAGGCGCACAGACUACCAGCUGUACGGAGCAGCCGGCGGUGCGACCGCCGCCCCAAACUCCACCUCCUCCUGGGCGGGAGUGGACGGCGCUGAGGGCGGGGAGGGCGUGGAGGUCCCUGCAGGGAUCCCACAGAGUGAGGCGGCCCUGGAGGCUCUGCAGGACUGCAUCAAGAAGGUCCGCGAGGGCCCGCCCACGCUCACCACCGUGUGUUUUUACGCUUUCCACCACACGGAGCAGAUGUUGAACACCGCCGAGGUCUCUGCUGACAGCCGGCUGCUGGCCGCCGGCUUUGACACCUCCACGGUGAAACUGUGGAGCCUCCGAGCCCGAAAACUGAAGGCCAGACCGCAUCAGGCUGACGUGUCGCUCGUCCACCUGGCCUGUGACGUACUGGAGGAGGAAGUGGAUGAAGAGGACGGCUCCGGCAGCGAGAUAAAGACGCUGCGAGGUCACAGCGGCCCGGUGUUUCGUACCGCCUUCCUGACGGACAGCUCCGGCCUGCUCUCCUGCUCCGAGGACACGACCAUCCGCUACUGGGACCUGGGUAGCUUCACCAACACGGCGCUCUACCAGGGCCACGCCUACCCGGUGUGGGACGUGGACGUCAGCCCCUGCAGCCUUUACUUCGCCAGCGGCUCUCACGACCGCACUGCCCGCCUCUGGACGUUCUCCCGCACCUACCCGCUGCGGGUCUACGCCGGGCACCUCGCCGACGUCGACUGUGUCAAAUUCCACCCCAACUCCAACUACCUGGCCACCGGCUCCACAGACAAGACUGUCCGGCUGUGGAGCACCCAGCAGGGGGCGUCGGUUCGCCUCUUCACCGGCCACCGUGGCCCGGUGCUGUCGCUCGCUUUCUCACCUAACGGGAAGUAUUUGGCGUCCGCCGGCGAGGACCAGAGGGUGAAGCUGUGGGACUUGGCGUCAGGGACGUUGUUCAAAGACCUGCGGGGACACACAGACAGCGUCACCAGCCUGUCUUUCAGCCCGGACAGCAGCCUGGUGGCGUCGUCGUCUAUGGACAACUCCGUCCGGGUGUGGGACAUCCGGAACUCCCACGGCGGGACGCCGGCCGACGGCUCGUCCAGCGAACUGGUGGGACUGUACACUGGAAACACCAGCAACGUGCUGAACGUCCAGUUCAUGGCCUGCAACCUGCUGCUGGUGACGGGAACGGCACAGGAGAAAGCAGAACAGUAGCAACAGCAGCUGGUUUAUGUGUUUUAUGUUUGGGAGAAAAGCUGGAAUAUCUCCAGAUGUUUGUCAUCAGUCAGACAGGAAACCGCUGAGAGGUUCGACGCCACCGUCUGCCCCAGCAGCGAGAGUGUCCUCAUUAGUUUUGUCAUCAAAAAGAAGCCAGGAUAAAUAUCUUUAUUCUCCCAAAACUGGCUUACGUAUUAGAUCAUUUGUCCUUGGUAGUAUUUUCUAAUUACCAAAGCAUCUUUUCUUCACUCAGUAUCAGUAUUAAAGAAUUGCUCAGUUCUCGUGUACCCGAUGGUUCAAAAGUUCUGGAUCUCCGUAGUUUUAUGAUCCGUAAAAGCAGCAUCUGCAGGAAUCUGUCUGACCCAAAUAGGAGCUGAAAAUAUAAUAUAAAUAUGAACAGAAUCGUUAAAUAUGAACAGAAUAUUAGGAGUACAAACACAAUGUUAGCUGUUUUACCCAAAGUCAUUUUAAUAAGAUCCAAAUGAGCUUCAGUCAGGCUGGAACUGUUCCUCCGGUUUAAACGUCCUGCGUCGAGCUAAUUAUCAUUUUAAUUUCUCAUCUCUCGUGAUGAUAUGAUACCUGAGUUUGAAGUGGUGUUAACUUUCCAUAUUGAAGUUGGUAUCGACCACAGAAGGUAAAAUAUUUUGUUUACUUUGGAAGCACAGAAAAAAAACUACAAACAUGGCAGCGUAUCUUUAGUUUGAGUUUUAAGCGAUGCUACAAAUGUCAAAUAUUGUUUUGAAUGAAGUUUUUCUUUUUGGAACAAAACCGAUAACCAGUCCUGGUUCUGUGCUCAUCUAUUUACUGAUCAGAUCUUUUGUUCUGACUUUGGGUAAGACGGCUAAGAAAGAUAUUCCCAAAAUGUGGGACUGUUCUUUAUUAAAGUCCUCUUUGUGUUUCACCUGCCUGACCCAUAGUUCCUUCCAUCGGCUUCACCUCAAAUGUAUUUAUAUGUGAAACCGCAGCUUUCUCUCGUUGCUGUCGGACAAAUUUCACAUCUAAAAGAGGAAAAAAGCUGUUUGCCUGUGGAGUUUAGAGACUGUUAACAGACUUUAAAGUGUCUAAAAGGUCGAAUAUAAGGAGCUAUGUGAACUUUUAAAACACUGCAACAGGAAGUGGUUGUAUUUUCUCACGGCGGCGGUGUUUAAAAAAGAAAAACCUGUAAAUAGACUUGUUGAGGAAAUUUCUAAGAAUUAAAGGCUGUAUUUUUCACACUAUUCUGCAAGUGGCAUGAACUGUGCAAUGCUUAAAAAGUGUAAAUAUACUGUAUUUUUGUAAUAUUCUGGCUGCCGAGAGUUGGCAACCAGUUUGUGCUUAAUGAGGGCUAAAAAGAAAUACUGACGUAGAAACAGAUUUUUCUGGAUUUGUUUUCAUACUUUCAAAGUGUGACUGAGGAUUUUAUUUUUAGCAUUUCAUUUGUAAAUUCAGCAUUUGUCCUUUUUUUUUUUAUGUUUGUCAGCAAACUUUUGUUCCCUCCUGUAGCCCAAAAACAAGGAAUAAAUAACAGAAUCUAUUUGAA